GGUGUUAGUUUCGUGUUGUGGAAAAUUGACAUUAUAUUUUACUCCGAAAAAGCUUCCCUUAUCAUGCUUAGGAGAGGAUUUUUAUCAUUAAGAGCCGCAAAUUCCUUAAAGAAGCCGUUUGUAGGAUGGUUUGCUAGCUCAAGAGGACUCGCAAAUCAAGUGAAUGAAGCCGAAUUUGAGCUAUCAGACUCUCCCCUCCAUCUUUUAGAUAGUGGUCCUCCCAAAAAAGCUGUUCUGACCAGAGAAGAUGGUCUACAGUAUUACAAAGAGAUGCAGAUCAUCCGCAGAAUGGAGACAGCUGCAAGUACUUUAUAUAAGUCAAAAAUCAUCAGAGGUUUUUGUCAUCUGUAUUCAGGGCAGGAAGCGUGCUGUGUUGGAAUGGAUGCUGCUAUGGACAAGAAUGACAGUCUGAUCACUGCUUAUCGCUGUCAUGGCUGGACUUACUUGAGAGGAGUAUCAGUGAAAGAUAUCCUUUGUGAAUUAGCUGGUCGCAAGACAGGUUGUUCCAAGGGGAAAGGAGGCUCUAUGCACAUGUAUGGUUAUGAAUACUAUGGUGGAAAUGGAAUCGUCGGAGCACAGGUUCCACUGGGUGCAGGAAUUGCAUUAGCUCACCAGUACAGAGGUAACGGGCAAAUAUGUGUAGCGUUAUAUGGUGAUGGUGCUGCUAAUCAAGGACAGGUUUUUGAAACCUACAACAUGGCUAAACUCUGGAAUCUACCAUGCAUCUUUGUGUGCGAGAAUAAUGGAUAUGGCAUGGGUACAUCAGUUGAACGAGCAGCUGCUACCACUGAUUACCACACAAGAGGAGACUUCAUCCCUGGAAUUAAGGUUGAUGGUAUGGAUGUUCUAACUGUGAGAGAGGUAACAAAAUUUGCUGCAGACCACGCACGAUCAGGAAAGGGUCCAAUUGUCUUGGAGCUGGCUACAUAUCGUUAUUAUGGGCACAGCAUGAGUGACCCUGGCACAAGCUACCGGUCACGUGAUGAAGUGCAGGCCAUGCGUAAGAAUCGUGAUCCAAUCCUAAGUUUAAGAGAAAAACUUCUAGACUCGGGGCUGGCAGACGCGGAUGAAAUUAAGAAUAUCGAACAGGAGGCUAAACAAUUGAUCGAAGAAGCUGUAAAAGCAGCCGAGAGCGAUCCCGACCCUCCCCUGGAUGAUCUUUACUUGGACGUGUACGCGGAUGAUAACAUGGAAGGUCACAUGAUCCGUGGGUGCGACAACUGGUCAAGGCACGCCACAAAUUAAAGACGAGUAACAUAAACUUGUUGUAGUAUCUGUAAAGACUAUAUCCGAAAUUUGAGAAGUAGCUGAUUUCGUUCUUUAACUGUGUGGUUGUGCCUAAGGUUUUGAAAUCCUUGUGUUUAAUGUUUAAAAAAUGUGAGAUCUCUUGCCGAGCUCGGCUUCUAUACAACCAAGGUGCAAAAUAACCGGUGUACCGUUUCUCUUAUUAACUCAAGAUAUCGACCUGGAAGUCAUAAUCUGUCUGUGCAAGUCUUUGGCACUCUUCAAAACAAAACAUAAAUCACAAUUUUCACAGGAAAGCUCGUCGUAGGCUCAUUAAUCUCUAUUGAUGGGUGGGGCUUAAGAGAAAUUAAUUGAAACGAAAACUAACAUGGUCUCUUUUUUGGUUUUAAUAUUUGAAAAUGCAUUUAGGGAACCAUAUUUUGUGCUAAGCGCUAGCAGUAAAUGGUUCUCAUGUACAAGAGAAAACUGCGAUGUAUGUCUUACAGGUAUCCAGUCAAUUCGCCACCACAGCAAAUUCGCCACCAAAAAAACCGGCCACCACUCGAAGUCAACUCGCCACCACCGGCGGCGAAUUGACUUCGAGUGGUAGCGAGUGUGCUGUGGUGGCGAACUGACCGUAAACCGUCUUAUAAAGGAGAUAACCAAAGGGAGAAGGUUUAUUUUAGCUUACUUACAUCGGCCAGUUGGCCGUCAAAGGAAUACAAAAGACGGAUUUUUCAGCGCGACUUAAAUCAGAAUGAAAUGAAAUAAAGGAAGCGUGUGUUUUAUUUA